AUGGGUAGUAAUCACGAUAUUUGGAAACAUUUUACAAAAAUUGGACCAGAUAAAAACUUUAAGCAAGAACGUGCCCAAUGUAAUUACUGUGAUCAUAAAUGCAAUGAAUCAGUAAUAAGAUGUGAAGGACAUUUAAAA